GGAAAUCGAUAAUCCAGCAUCAGUUUUCUCAGUACCAAAUUUUCAUUUACUCAGUAGCUCGGUGUGAGUCGUUCAGGGUGGUUAGUUAAGAUAGAAAAGUUUUGUUCUAUGGUGGUUGUGAACUUCCGUAUUUUGGCGCUUUGUUGUAAUUUUCCCGAUUUUUCUCGGAUGUACACAAAACCCCCUACUCACUCCAGUACAACUGCAUAAUGUAACCCCCCACUCCCAUCAACACAUCCAUUAUGAAGGAAAAAAAACGAUUUAUUUGGCAAAUUGGCCUGAUUCUUCUCGUCUUUUGCUCAGGACUAAUUUUCUGGAAUGUGUUCAUCAUUAUUUCCCCAUCCGACCCUUUACCUGUUCGGGUCGCUUAUUUAACUCAUUCUGAGCCGCAUAAUUUUUCGUACCCUGUACAUUUGCUCUCUGAGAAUGAUUACAGUUUGUUGGCAAAUUACUCUUUUGCAUUUAGUAUUCUAAAUUUGCGUUGUAGUAAAAGCACUUUUCUGUUGGCGCUCGUUCAUUCUGCGCCUAAAAAUUUCCAUAAAAGGAUGGUGAUUAGGAGCACGUGGGGCAACAAGACUGAAAACGUUGAGGUGUUUUACGUCAUGGGAUCAUCCAGUAAUGUGGAUACUCAGAGGAAGAUCGACGCAGAAAGCCGAAAGUAUUCGGACGUGAUCCAGGGCAACUUCCUGGAUGUUUAUAGGAAUCUCACUCUUAAGCACAUAAUGUCGUUGAAAUACGUCACGUAUCAUUGUCCUCAGGCUAAAUACAUUCUUAAAACUGACGAUGAUGUUUUCGUCAACAUGCCUCUGAUGAAGAACUUUCUCAGCAAUGAUCUGUCUCCAUUUGGCGCCAGCCAACUGUUAUUAUGCUCAGUGCAGAAGUCGGCCAGUGUGCUCAGAACAUACAGAUCGAAAUGGAGGGUAGCGUUCGAGGAAUAUCCAUUUAGAAAAUACCCCCCGUACUGUCCGGGAUGGGCGAUUUUAUACAGCCCCGACGUAGUCUUCAGGCUGUACAAAUCUGCUCAAAACACUUCCGAGAUAUUCUGGAUCGAUGAUGUCCACAUUACGGGAAUUCUGGCUGCUAAAAACAACAUUGUUCAAACGGACAACACGGAUAUGAUUAUUUCGGAAAGCGCCCAACAUCAAUUGGUUAACAACGAUGUUUUCCCUAAGGAAAAAUUCCUAUUUGGUCAACCCGAUCUGAAGGAGAGAGAAAUCAGAACUAUGUGGGCCGAAGUCGUUGCACACACCGUGACUAAAUCAAUUUUUAAAUGAUAUUAACGCUUUAAAUAUUUUUGUGCUCAGAUUACAUUUUGCUCGAAAAGCGAAAUGUAUGUACCUGCAAUCAAAAACAUUUUAUAGCUCCUUUAACUUUCAGGUAGUAACUUGCUACCAGUGCAGUAAUCCUAAGCCAAAUAACGUUAGUCAUAGACAAAGACGGUUAAAUUACUAAUACGGUAGUUAGAUGAAAGCCAAAUGAUUCAACAAGCUCGAAAUUGGAAUAUGUAAAUUAGGCCUGGGUAACUCAGUGAAUUUUUAAGAGCUGGAGCAGUGCAGCGCAAAUCGCUUGUUGCGCCAACUCAGCGCACCGGCGCAGUAACCCAAUUCCGUUGCUGGGAAAAUGUUGAUUAC